AAACCUACUUUCCUUACACUUCACUUAGUGAAACAAAAAUUUGAAUUUUAACCAAAAAUCUUCAAUGGCUUUCUCAACAAAAAAUUGUAUUACUAUCACUGUUUUGGCUUUGUUCUUAUUCUCUUCUUCUUCAUGCUCGGCCUUACCUAUGGUGAAAAAGCAAAAACACAAGCCUUGUAAACAGUUGGUUCUCUACUUUCAUGACGUUCUUUACAACGGAAAGAAUGCCAAGAAUGCAACUUCCGCCAUCGUUGCAGCCCCAGAAGGUGCAAACUUAACCAUUUUAGCACCACAGUUUCGCUUUGGAAACAUAGUUGUUUUCGACGAUCCCAUUACUUUGGACAACAAUCUUCACUCGAAUCCGGUAGGUCGAGCUCAAGGGAUGUACAUUUAUGACACGAAAAACACUUUCACGGUAUGGCUUGCCUUUUCCUUUUCUCUAAACUACACGGCAUAUAAAGGUACCAUCAACUUCGUUGGAGCUGACCCAAUUCUGGUGAAAACUAGAGAUAUCUCUGUCGUCGGCGGCACGGGAGACUUUUUUAUGCACCGUGGUGUUGCUACCAUAAUGACUGAUGCUUUUGAAGGAGAAGUCUAUUUUAGGCUACGAGUUGACAUAAAAUUCUAUGAGUGUUGGUAAAUUUUAUCAAACAAGUUUCAUUUUAAUUUGCUCUUUCUAUCAUAUGCUCGUAUUUAAUCAUGUGAUGUAAUGUUCUAAAAAAAUCUUUGUUUUUGGUGUCUGUUGAGUAUUGAUCAUAAAGUUAAGAUCAUUUGCUAAAUUAUUGGUUUCAAUAAAAGUUAUGAUAGAAAAAUUUCUUAGAGUUAA